UCAUCUACAAUUUCAAUCUUGUUGUGCACUGUCGUGCUUCCAUAGUCCUGGGGUUGAUGUGGCACCUUUCCUGUGGAUCUGAAUCUGUAUCCCAUCUAGUGCUCUCUUAUACCUCUCCACAUCAUCUCUCUGUCUCUAAUUCCAGGAUUAUUUGAACCUUUAUUAGUAUUUUGUUGUUAUUUCUGCUGACUGUGUGCAAAUGAGGUUUCUAUUGCUGCCCAUCUCCCAGUAUAUGUUGUGAUUUCCCAGCUUUAUCUUCCCAUGGUCAGGAAUUGUUUGUCCUGCACUGGAGAUCAUUUCUUUUUCUGAGCUAAUAUUGACCAUCACUUUUUAUGACACAAGGAUAGCAGCCCAAAGCAAACCAGCUUCACUAACACUGGAUUCACAACACAGUGAAAUUAAAACAUUGAAUGACCACAUUGCCCAAACAUUCUUAACUAGUCUUUGAGUAACAGAUCUUGGACACUGAGUUUAUAGAAAGAAGAAAUAAUAACUUGAGCAAAACAAAUAUAAGCAACUAAUCUCAUCAAUAUCUGUGAUUUAAACACAUUUUUUUUCUUCAUUCACAACCUCCACUCUCACUGACUGACAGACACGUAGGGAUAGAUGAAACAGAAAUUGAAAUUAAUAUAAAUUGUCAGUUCAAGUAAAUACUUGUCAACAAUGGAUGCCAAGCCUUUGUGCAAUUCUUGGAUAAUGAAAUUUUCACAGGCACGUAAACUUUAUCUAAUUUCCAAGGCAGCAGUCAAUGGAAACAGUUUCAGCAAACUCCUGUAAAUAUUUACUUUGAUCUAUAUACUUUGUUCUUGCUUUUCUCAGAACAUUGAAAAAUUUGAGAGCUGGGUAGAAAACGAGAGACAGAGCAGCCAGUUCAGAACUCACUCUGCACCUUCUUGACCCUCUUGAACCAUUUCAGUCUGUGUUGCAAAGCUGCGCCCACAUUGCUGUUCAUGCUGCCAACCCAGCAAUCAGUCUGGUAAACCUUUGUUGUACACCCUCCAUUAAGCAAGCAUCCUUCAUCAGGCUGAUCAGAAGUGAACAUAGUAUUCCAGAAGAGGCCUCAUCAACAACCUGCAUAACCUCAACAAUGAUAUCCUAACUCCGAUGCUCAAAGGUCUGAGCAAUAAGGAAAAUAAUUGAAAAUAAAUUGCAGACCAGGAUCCCAAAACCAGUUCUGACAGUAAGUGGAGUCAUAAGGAUCUGAAUAUCACUGGCAUUUAACUGUGGAAGGAAAGAGGUUUGUCUAUUCUGUCUGUGGGAAAAUAUUUCUGAUAUGUUUGUAAUUUGGAUAUUCAGAUUUUUGUUUAGAUUACCCUUGGUUGUGUGCUCAGUUCUGGGCCCUGCAGCUGAGGAAAGAGAAGGGGAGCACAGAUUUAUCCAAAUUACACCUCGUCUCUUUGAAGGCACUGUCAUAUUUAGUCCCAAUCAUCCACUUCCUGAUUUUAACCCAUAAAUUCCUCAUUCUCAAAUACCUGCAAAUUUCUUUUAAAGUUCAUUCUGCACUCAAAUUCCAACACCCCUUCAGGUGGGAUAUUCCAGAUCCUGACAACUCUCUGUUGAUCCAAAAACUGCUGAAGUCCACGUUGAGUCUGGGGUUAUAAAGGGCUGAAUUGAAAGGUGAGAUGUUGUUCCCUGAGCUCUCAUUGAGCUGCAUUGGAACAGCACAGGAGGCUGAGGGCAGUGUGGAUGUGAACAGCCAAUUAGCUGACAAGGCUGCACUGUGAGUGCCUCCUGGCUCAAUGAGAGUGCUUUGGAAUUGGGUGAAACCAGAGAGUGAGGUGAGACAGGGAGAAGUUAAAGCUGAAAGACUCUUUGGUGUUCAGUCUCCGUUCAGGCUGUUCAGAAAGUCACAUGGUCCUAAUGAAAACAGCCAAUCGGUAAGUGAUACCUGUAGAGAACUUUCUUAGGGUUUAAAUUAUAUAUCAACUUAAAUAAAGUCAGGCACUUUUGAUUACAAUAGAAGUGUUUGAAAUGAAGGGGCAGGUCCCAGCUUAAUUAAAAUUUCUUAAAGGGAGUAACUAGCUGAACCUGGAGAGAAGUUUUUUGACCGGAGACCUCAGACCCAUGGUGUGCUCUCCUUGCAAAAUGUGGGAAAUAAGGGAUGCUUCCAAUGUCCCUGCUGGCUACAUGUGCCUGAGGUGUGUCCAUCUGCAGCUACUGGGUAACUGCUUUUCACAGCUGGAGCUGUAGAUGGAAUCACUGCGGAGCAUCUGUGAGACUGAGAAUGUUAUGGACAGCACAGUUAGUGCAUUGCUUACACUGCAGGUGAGGAUUUCACAGGCAGAAAGGGAAUGGGUGACCAUCAGAUAAAGUAAAAGGCUUAGGAAGGAAGUGCAGAAGACCCCAGUGGUCAUCCCCUUCUGCUUUGGGUACUGUUUGGAGUGAGGUGGUGAGGGGUGGGAUAGCAGCAUCAGCCAAGUUCAUGGCCCCACUGGUGGCUCUGUUGUACAGAAGCGGAGGAAAACAAGCAGCAGGACUAUAGUGGCAGGGGAUCCAACAGACAGACGUGAAUCCAAGAUGGUAUGUUGGAGCAGCUGCAGGACCGUCAGGAGUGGGAGGGUGAACAACUACACCUAGCUACCAAUGACAUAGGAAAAUAAUGGGGUGAGGACCUGAAAGCCGAAGAAAAAUAUUAAAAUACAAGACCUCACAAUCUAGUAAUGUCAGACUUACAGUCAGUGCUACGUUGUUGUAGGGAGAAAUAUUGAAGAGGAGUGUUGAGCUGUGUGUUCAGCUGUACAAGCGACCUUUAUUCAGAGCGCUUUUACCACACAUGGAAGUGACCAGAGCCCUGUCUGAAUCUGGCUUUCACAUGGGGGCUGUCUGAUUUACACUUCAGAUUGGAGGAGAGGUUAAUGAUACUCAAACCUCCCUGGCUGAAUACAACAUUUUUGUACCUUUUAGGUGACAAUAUUUACAUGCAAUAUUGAUGUCAUAGUUAGAUACACACCCCUAACUAAUGCAUUCAAUCCAGUACACAUACAAUCGUAGAUAAUACUAUGGAUAGCCCUAGGUCCUCCCAUAAUCUCAUGAUAUUUACCAGAAAUUUUCUUCAUCUGUCUUUGGGAUGUUGCAAUCAACCCUAUUAUGAAGUGACUACAAUUCUGCGACACAGCUGAGACAUUCAGAACAGCCCUUUCUCACGUCAGUCUGAGAGAUCAAACAAACAAUCCUUCUGAUUUGUAGCUGCAGUUUACAAUUCCUGCUGUACGCACACUUUAGAGAAAUCGACCAAAACAAUAUCCGGAUCUGACAGUCACUCUGUUUGCAAUGACCUCAGUAUCUCAGGAUUUUGAACAUUGAAGGAAAAAACCCUGUUCGCACCAGGGAGAAACACGUACUGUUUGUGUGUGAAAGGGUCUGUGGCGAUUCAUCUGAAAUGUCCAAACGCCACCGCAGUCACACUGGGGAGAGACAGUGGAAAUGUGGGGAUUGUGGGAAGGGAUUUCUUUACCCGUCCCAGCUGGAAAUGCACCAGCGAGUUCACACUGGGGAGAAGCCAUUCACCUGCUCUGUGUGUGGGAAAGGGUUCACUCAGUCAUCCAACCUGCAGAUACACCAGCGAGUUCACACUGGGGAGAAGCCAUUCACCUGCUCUGUGUGUGGGAAAGGAUUUAUGUUGACUUCUCACCUGCUUAAACAUCAGCGAGUUCACACUGCGGAGAAGCCAUUCACCUGCUCUGUGUGUGGGAAAGGAUUUAUGCUGACUUCUUACCUGCUCAAACAUCAGCGAGUUCACACUGGGGAGAAGCCAUUCACCUGCUCUGUGUGUGGGAAAAGAUUCAGUCAGUCAUCAAACCUGCAGGUACACCAACGACUUCACACUGCAGAGAGACCUUUCACCUGCUCUGUGUGUGGGAAAGGAUUCAUGCUGACUUCUUACCUGUUCAAACAUCAGCGAGUUCAUACUGCAGAGAGACUGUUCACCUGCUCUGUGUGUGGGAAAGGAUUCAGUCAGUCGUCCUACCUGCUAAAACAUCAACGAGUUCACACUGGGGAGAGACCGUUCACCUGUUCUGUUUGUGGGAAAGGAUUCGGUCAAUCAUUCUACCUACUAGAACACCAGCAAGUUCACACUGGGAAGAGAACAUUCUACUGUUCUGUGUGUGGGAAAGGAUUCACUCGCUCAUCUAAACUAUUGGUACACCAACGAGUUCACACUGGGGAAAAGCCAUUCACCUGUUCCGAGUGUGGGAAGGGAUUUACUGAAUCAUCUAACCUGCUGAGGCACCAGCGAGUUCACAGUGGGGAGAAGCCAUUCACCUGUUCCGAGUGUGGGAAAGCAUUCACUCAGAGAAUGCAGCUGCUGAUACACCAGCGAGUUCACACUGGGGAGAGACCAUUCACUUGCUCUGUGUGUGGGAAGGGAUUCACUCAGUCAUGCAACCUGCUGAGACACCAGCAGGUUCACCAAAAACCAUAAUUGAACGGUUUUGCUCUUACUCACAUCAAGGAAUGAACUGAAAUCUUUGGGCUGUUUGUACUCAUGUUCAUCCCUGCACAAAAUUUUCCCUUCUCUUGGAAAUUAAGGCCAGACGUUUGACAGAGUUGUCAGUGGGUGAAUACUUUGGGGCCAGUGAUCAUAAUUCUAUUAGUUUUAAACAGUUGUAGAAAAGGAUAGACCUCAUCUAAAAGUU